AUGAGAUAUGGUUUGUUUCAGGCAGAGAAAAAGAAGAAUUUUGUCAGGAGAAGUCUUGUCAUUGGAGAAGUCCUUUCCAUUGCAGACAUGGCAACAGGAGUAAAGUGUGGCAUAAUUUACUGGUUAUUUGGUGGGGCUGUCAGGAAUCUUGGGAGUCCAGGACAUGUUGCUAAGUGGUUCCUGCCACUCCAGGAGCAGAAAUACACAGGGAUGUUUGCGAUGACCGAGCGGGGUCACGGUAGCAAUGUGAGGGGCAUACAGACAGAAGCGACUUUUGAUCUCACCGCUCAGGAGUUUAUCAUUGACACUCCUUGUGAAAAUGCUGAGAAGAUGUACAUUGGGAAUGCCAUGGAAGGGCAUUAUGCCGCUGUCUUUGCCCAGCUCAUCAUAAAUGGAAGAUCUCAAGGCCCCCAUUGCUUCAUUGUUCCCGUCAGAGAUGAAAAUGGAAGCCUGUAUCCUGGAGUGACAGCGAUUGACAUGUUACACAAAGAAGGCUUACAUGGUGUGGAUAAUGGGAUUUUAAUAUUUGACAAGGUUCGAAUUCCAAGGGAGAACCUACUGGAUAAGUUUGGUUCCGUGGCACCAGAUGGACAAUAUUAUUCACCCAUUAAGAACAAGAGCGAAAGAUUCAAUGUAAUGUUGGCAGCUCUGACACCGUCCCGAUUAGCUGUGGCUUUCCAAGCCUUGGGAGCAAUGAAGCUCGGUCUGACAAUAGCCAUUCGCUAUAGCCACAGCCGGAGGCAGUUUGGGCCCAAGGCCAAGGAAGAAGUCAAGAUCAUUGAACACCAAACGCAGUACCUCCGAUUGAUGCCUCAUUUGGCAACGACAUUAGCGCUGACUUUUACCAGCAGAUAUGCUGGUGAUUUACUGGAUGAGGAUAUUUUUCACGAGAAGGAUCUUGCCAACAGUCGAUCUUUACAGGCUCUGGUGGCAGGACUAAAAGCCUAUAGUACCUGGGAAAACAUAACCUGUUUACAAGACUGCCGAGAGUGCACUGGAGGCAUGGGAUACAUGAUGGAAAAUCGGAUCUCAGGCUUAAAAUGUGACUCAGACGUGUUUGUGACUUUUGAAGGAGACAAUGUGGUUAUGCUCCAGGUGGUGGUACGGGAACUCCUGGCUCAGUAUACCAAACAGUAUGAGGAAAGACCACUUUUUGGCCUCCUUCGAAACUGGACAGAGUCUGUGAGUGACAACUUGAGAACCAGUUUUUUGGCAUUUAACAUGGAUGCUAUUGGUAAUCUGACCUUCCUAUUGAAAGCAGUGAGUUUUCGGGAAAGAGUCCUUCAACGAGGAUUGGCGGCCAGAAUUUAUUAUAAGGUAAUGACCAAGAAGGAGGACAUUUUCAGUGCCUGGAAUUCAUGUCUUCAUCAUGUUGCUUCCUUGUCCCUGGCGCACAUACACAGAGUUACUUUAGAGCAGUUUUCUUUAGCGGUGGGGAGCUGCCCCGUUCGGGAGGACCAGACUUUGUUAAUGAAGUUUUGUCUUUUGUAUGGAACCAAGUUGGUGUUCCAGGAGAGAGCAUGGUACUUAGAGCAUAAAUACUUGACCCCAACAAGCAGUGUGCAGAUCAGAAGUCAGUUGCUGAAUUUAUGUGAUUCGGUGAAGGAGGAUGCAUUGAAGGUGAUUUCAGCCUUCAACAUUCCUCACAGCUCCAUCCACGCCCCUAUCGCUGGCAUUCCCAAUCCCAGAGCAGCUUGGGCAUUUUACCCUCCACCCCAGCUUCAAGAGCAGUCGAAGUCGACUGGGAAAGGAAUGGACCACCAGCGACCCAAAUUUGGGGCCAAAUUAUAA